CAUAUAGCUUGUUGCGGCUUUAACAAGUUGUUAUGUUUUAGAGGUUAGAUUAAUCAGUCAAAUUUGAGCCACCGCGAGAGUGGUGUUCUAUUACAAAGAGCAAGAUCAACUAUCGACAACGAUUGAAACUAAUUUUAAGUGUUUACAGUGAAUUGAAAAAGUUUAACGUGUUUUGUUUAAUUCGGAGGUCUGAUAUGACGGCAUUUAAAGAAGAGGUAUUAAAGUGUCAUUAAAAAUGCAUGUUUUAAUAAAAAAUUGUUAUUGAGUACUUGUUAGGCGUGCAGUAAAAUAACCUUAGGUAUCCGUCCAUAACACAAAAAGUUAAUACAUAUAUUCAAAACCAUGACGGACGUACGAGAUAUUUUGGACAUAGAGGCACCAGCUGCGAAUGAACUCACUAAAGAGUCCAUCAUUGGAAGUGACAAAAGAAUAAAAAAGAAAUAUGAUUACAAAGUGCCUAAGAGACCUGAAGGAAUGCACCGAGAGGUGUUUGCUCUUUUGUGCAAGGAUAACAAUGAUGUUCCACCAUUGUUUCCUACAGACACUGGUAAAGGUUACAAACAAAUGAAAGCCAAACUUGGUAUGAAAAAAGUAAGGUCUUGGAAAUGGACUCCGUUCACUAAUCCAGCAAGAACUGACGAAGCAGUCUUCCAUCACUGGAGACGCGUAGCCGAUGCAGGAAAAGAAUACCCAUUUGCCAAAUUUAACAAGCAGAUUCCUAUUCCCACAUACACCAAUACAGAGUAUACACAACACUUGGUUACUAGCGGAUGGACAAGAGCUGAGACAGAUCAUUUAUUUGAUCUUUGUAGACGGUUUGACCUAAGAUUUAUUGUAAUACAUGACAGAUGGGAUCAUAAAAAAUAUCCUGCAAGAACAGUUGAAGAUUUGAAGAACAGGUAUUAUCAAGUUUGUGCAGCAUUGAGUAAAGCCAAGCAGCAGCAUGAAAAGGUUUAUACCUUUGACUCUGACCAUGAACGGCGAAGAAAAGAACAGCUUAAAAAACUUUUUGAGAGAACAUCGGAACAAAUUGAAGAAGAACAGGUGCUAAUUACAGAAUUAAGGAAAAUAGAGCAGCGUAAAAAGGAAAGGGAUAGAAAAACGCAAGACCUACAAAAAUUGAUAACGGCAGCAGAUCAAGCAGAUCCUAGGAAAAGUGACAAAAAGUCAUCAAAGAAAAGUUCAACGAGACAUAAGUCAGUCAACAAUAGCACAUCCACUGUAAUAAAGCUACAAGUUACAGAGCCAACAGGAAUUAAGUUUCCUGAUUUUAAAAAUAGUGGAGUAUCACUGCGUUCACAAAGAAUCAAAUUACCCAGUAGCUUAGGACAAAAGAAAUUGAAAGGAAUUGAACAAACUUUAAUUGAUAUGAAACUUGAUUUGAAUCCUCCACCAACAGAACAAAUAUGUCAGCAGUUCAAUGAACUGCGCAGUGAUAUUGUUUUACAUUAUGAACUAAAAGGAGCCUUAGCAACUUGUGAUUAUGAAUUACAAUCACUAAGGCAUCAAUAUGAGGCACUCGCACCUGGAAAGACGCUGAUCAUACCACCUAUUUUGCAACCCAAAACUGAACCAGAAGUAAAAAGCGAUGUUAUUGAUGUUGUGGGAUCACCAAAUGUGUCCAACCUUGUAUAAUUGGCAAUUUCUAUUUUAUAACUCCUAAUAAUAAUGUUUUGUAAGAUACUAUUUUUAGCUUGGCUACUAUUAUUUACGCAAUUCCUAAAUAUGCUUAGUUUUCUUUUAUGUAUAGAUAUCCAAAACCCUAUUUUAUAUGGCAAAGAGCAGCAAUAAAAAAAAACUUUAAUGAUGUAAAGUAGAAUGAAAAA